UGGGUGGGUCCUCAGUACGAGAUGAAGUUGGAGGAGAUCUAGAUUCAAAACGUCGUGCUGCAUCACCCAAUUCACCAUCUUCUUCAGGUGGGUUCCGUCAGUUUUCUUCAAAAGGACUUUGUAUAGAGGACAUGAGUGCACAACAUUAUUUUGGUGGAUGUAUGGAACUAUAUGUGCAAGACAUUGUUAUGUUGUUUGGCCCGAGAGUUUGAUUUUGGAAUGUAGGGUGGCUGUGGUAUUGGGAACCUUCAACUGAUCAGAAUAGGUCGGGCCCUGCCACAGUGUUAAUUUGAAUGGCUCCCAACCUGUUAUGCCCUUUUCACGGCAUCAGAGCAUUUGGAGAUUACAUCAGGGAAAUUUUCCUUAUCGGUCAUAAAGUGGAUAAUUCAUUGCUAUUACUAGGGCAAUAUAGCGAUGAUGAAUUGGAAGAGGGAUCGAAGAAAAGAGUUACCUCUGCCAUCAUGGAAAGUUCCUCAGCUGAUCAUAAUGACCAGGUUAAGGGACUCAUUGGCAGUGAAGAUGUGGAUAUUAAAGCAGGUGAGCAUAUUGCUUCUCAGGAAGUUAAACAGCAGGACACGGAGAGAGAUGGCACUUCACUAGAUGCUCUCCAGAAUCUGGAGGGCAGAGAUAUUAGAGAAAAUGAUGCGACUGCAGUAAGUGAUUCAUCCAAAGAAAUGGAUUUAGAUGAACAAAUCUAUGUGCCUGGAAAUCCUGGUGCCCAAGGCACUGGAGAUGUGACUUCGGGCUGGAAGAUGGUGAUGCAUGAGGAAAGUAACCAAUGCUAUUACUGGAAUACUGAGACUGGGGAAACUUCAUGGGAAGUACCUGAUGUUUUGGUUCAGGCAUCCCAAUUAAACCCUGAACAGAAAACUCUUCCUGUUACUGAAGGAAUGGAGAGUGCUUGUCUUGGACAUGAUGAAGUCAAGUCAACUUUAGAUGUAGAAUGUUCUGAUUCCUCAGCUGUGCAUACCACUUGUGUCUCUGUGGGUGCCAAUUUGAUUUCUGAAACCAAAGAAGUUUGUGAACAUGUUUCCCAAGUAAAUGAGCAUACUGAAGGUUACAAAGGUGAAACUUUCGAAGUUAAAGAUGGGGCCACUGGUAUCAACCAAAGUGAAUUAAGUAGUUUUGAUGCCGUUAAUGAUCUUUUAGGUAAUGGGAGUUCAAUAAGAACUGGUUUGGAGAAGUACGCCUAUGAAAGCAUAGUUAACAAAGAACUUGAGACAGGAGUUGAUAUUUCUUCUCGUCUUGUGGAACAAAGUGAAAGUUUGUUAGAAAAAUUGAUGACACUGAAAGGGUUAAUGAGCCACCCACAAGGUCAUGAUUUGACAUCAAAGUACAUUUGGGAACUUGAGAUUAGAAUUUCUGAUUUUAAGUCACUUUUAUCUUAUGGAUCAUCCUUGCUUCCAUUUUGGGAGCAUUCUGAAAGGCAGAUUAAACGGCUGGAAGUUGCUGUUGAUGAUCAAAUUUGUCAAUUUGCUAAAUAUGCAGAGAAUGAAGUUGACACACAUAUAAAGAGAGAUAAAUCACUGGAAAGCAUGGUUGAUGCAUAUGAAGCUGAUGGAAAUGAAAAGAAAGUAGUUUCUAAAGUUGAAAUUUCUACAACAGUUCUGAAAGACUCGCAGGGUGUAGCCACCAAUGAUAAUAUUGCUAUUUCUGGACACAUUUCUUCAUGUGGAUAUCCUAUCACUUUUGCAGGCAAUGGCUCGGAAGCAAAUAGUGGAAGAGUUGAUGGAAAUGACCUUUCUGAUGAAUUCACUGUCAAGCCUGGGCUCCAUGCUGAGGAAGAUGUGGACAUGGACGUGGACAUGGAAGUUGAUGACACUGUUCCUUCAAGCAACACAGCAGCCCAAAAUCCUUUGGGUACUGAAUAUUUUCCUCCACAGGAGCAAUCUAUUCAGCCAAAUCUGCCUGUGGAAUACUCAUCCUUGGCUUCAGAGGAUGGGUUUACUAUUCCACCUCCUCCUGGUGAGGAAUGGAUCCCCCCACCACCUCCUGAUAACGAAAUAAUUCCUCCACCUCCACCUCCACCUGAUGAGCCACCUGAGCCUGCAUAUCCCCCACCACCAUCAUAUCCGGAGACAGCCGAACCUGUUCCUUACACAGGGCAAUAUAAUCUAUCCUACCCAGAUUCUAACUUCAACUAUUAUGGGCACACUGUUGCUGAAGUUCCAAGCAGUAGCUUUUAUGGACUUGCUGAAGGACAUCAAUUGGCAAUGCCCCAUCCACCAGUGUACUAUGACACAGUUCCUAAUGUGUAUCUGGAGAAUGCCCUAGUCAUGAUUAACCCUGUUGAGCCUGGAGCAUAUUAUGGAGUUCAGGAUGGCAUGGUGCCUCCUGUUGCUGUAGUGAGUAGUGUAGAAUCUUCUGGGCUUCACAGUGGAUCUGGUCCAGUGAGUUACGACACCCUUGCUUCUGAUCAAACUGGUACCUCUGAGCAAACUGGUACCACUGAUGCUCCAGCUGAAGUGGGCUGCAGUUUUUUAUCAAACAGGAAGGUUGAUGUUCCAGCUGUUGGUUGUCAUGCUGAAAUGGCCUCUGCAGAGGUUGCUUUUAGUUCAGCCACAAUUCAAGCUCCAGCAACCAUUUUGGUAAAAGAGAGUGCUCCUGUGCCGUCAACCAAUGUGGUAACUGGUGCUCCUGCAUCAACAGCUUCUAAGGUUCAAUCUAAAGCUUCACGGACUGAAAAGCGGACCAUAGGCAUGACAUCCUCAUUGAGGUCUAAUAAGAAAGUUUCCAGUUUGGUGGACAAGUGGAAGGCUGCAAAAGAGGAAUUGCAUGAGGAUGAGGAAUCUGAACCUGAAAACGGUUUUGAGAUUUUAGAGAAGAAGCGGCAAAGGGCAAUAGAGGAAUGGCGUGCCCAGCAAAUUGCCAGUGGGGAGGCUAAAGAUAAUGCUAAUUUUCAGCCGUUGGGCGGUGAUUGGCGUGAGAGGGUUAGGCGCAAGCGAGCUCGAAAGUCUAGUGAAGCUAAGAAGUCUUCACCUGAGCCAACCGCUUACAAAAGCCAGCAGCCUGAUUUAGUGGAGCUGUCAAGAGAUCUUCCGUCUGGAUGGCAGGCGUAUUGGGAUGAAUCCACAAAACUGGUCUACUAUGGAAAUGCGGUCACAUCGGAGACGACCUGGACCAGACCUACAAAUUGAAUGGCCUUCUUUUUUUUCUUUGGGUUUUGGGAUGUAAUAAUCGUAGCCGCGUUUUAUGAUUAUUCAUUUCCUAAUAUGUAUAUUCCCAAGGGAGAAUCCAAUGUUCAGAAGUUUUGGUCGACUCUAUUUAGAAAUUCCAACACACGGCCCUUGCGGCCAUGCCCAUGAUGGGUGUCUUCUUGUAUAGUAUGGGAGAAUGCGGCAUCUUUUCUUUGAAAUUUUUUUUUAAUAUUUUGAUUUAUGAUAGGAUUAUUUACUCAAUAA